AUGCGAACCACAAGGUACGCCACCUCACGGCAGAAGGCAUGCCAACAAUGCUCGGCCGCCAAGGCCAAAUGCGAUCGCAGAGACAAAUGCUGUACAAGAUGCGCACAACGCGGCGUUCUCUGCACGUAUCUUCACGAACCCCGCCCAGAGGCAUCCACACCACCUCGGAGUCGGAACCUCGCCAACAACGAGGCCAUGCUCCGCAGCCCAGUCAGCUCAACCAAUAAUCUAGGAUCGCACCCCACAUGCAGUGAAGGCAGCGUAGACUGCUGGAAUCCAGCCAUCCCAUAUCCUACCGGAGAAGGGUCUAUUCAACCAAGCUCGCCCUUUCAAGGGAGUUCUCUAAGUGAGAUCCGCACACCAGCGAAUAAUGAACGACAUCCAGCAAGCACGCCCGAAAGACUGAAUUUCUCAGACCUCCACCUCUUCUGUCCGAUCGAUACCAAUGAAAUCAACUCCCGAUGGAUGAACCAUUACAUCCCUGACCCGGAAAAGAAAAUCAAAAACUACCCGACCAGCGUCGUAGCCUUCAUAUCCCGAAUCCUGGAGUCAUACGCAGCCAUGGCAACGCGGGGCCAAGAACCAGCGUUCGUGCACGCGCUGCAAAAGACAGAUGUGCGAUCUAAUACAAUAAUGGCAACAUGUCUGAGUUUAGUCCGUAUCUGCCAAGACCCGCUACCAGGAAGCGAGGGCGUUGCCGUCGCGGUUCUACAGCGCGAGAUGAAGAGUAUCACGGCUGUGCAAUUGAAUGCUCCCGAUAACGAUUUGUCGCCGCUGGCAGCCUUCCAGGCUUAUCUGAUAUAUGCGCUUGUUCUGUACUUCAGGCUGGGCCAGGGCCUUGAUUCGCUCCGGCAGACUAUCAUGCCCUUGCAGGCAAUUGCGCACCGUGCUUGCGGCCGGGGCAUUGUGUGUGUUUCUGAUCAAACGUGUUCACGCCCGAAAUGGGAGGAAUGGAUCGUGGCCGAAGCCAAGAGAAGGACAUUGUAUGUGAUGUAUCUUUUUGAUGGCCUACUCUGUGCUCAAGAGGGGCUUCCUGUUUUCUUUGGGAGUGAGUUGCAAGGGCUCCCUGCGCCGGGGAGCAAGUGCCAUUGGCAGGCUAAGGAUCGGGUGAGCUGGGAUAGAGCUUUCAAUGUUCAUCUCGCAGAGUGGGUCGAAGGGUAUCUUACUAUUGACGAGCUUUGGCCUAUUCCGGUCGGGUUCAACGAGCAUGAUGUUUCAAGGUGCCAGAAGAGAGUGAACCGAUGGGUUGAAGAUGUCGAUGAGUUCGGGACUAUGCUUUAUGCGGUCACGGCAUGUACACAUGGUACCUGA